AUGGCGGAGAUACCGAAACACAAGAAUUUCUCGGAAGCUGAGAGCGUGAUGCUGCUCAAGCUAGCUCUCGUAGCAGGCGAGACGGUUCGCAAAGUUGCGGCUGACCGUCUCAAGUGGCAGCGUGGCGAUGAAGAUGAAGGCACUACUGACAGCCCGUCGAAAGGGGCCAAUUUCGCUAAGCUAGUUGAACUCCUGCGGGACCAAAACGAGAAGGAACUGCAGGCUCGCCGAUACAAAUGGAGGAAAGAGAGGCUGGACUGUCAAGCAAGUGAGAGCCGCUUUAUGCAGCUACUGGAGCUCCUAGCUAAGCGUGGCUAG